CUCCAUUUCAAAAAAAGAAAAAGGAUUGUAGAACAUCUUGUUGUUACAUUGUAUUGAGAAUCCAAAGGAGAUCUUUAUCUGUAGGAAGCUUGAACAUAUUUAUCAACAACCACUUUCAGUCGCCAUCCUACUGGAACCGAUCCUACUAUUUAAAUAGUACAACUACCAUUCUAUUGAUGGCUGACCGACCGACCAACAACAGCAAGCUCAGCCUCCCCCCCAUCAGUCUUCACCUCUUGUCGGGUGCACUCUCUGGAUUGGCCUCUUGCGUCCUACUACAACCAUUCGAUCUGCUCAAGACAAGACUCCAACAGGCCCAUAUCAGUUCAAACCCUUCUUCUUCUUCAACAAGACCGUCGAUCUAUCGGCUUUCUUCCGAAGUCAUCUCGCGUGAUGGGAUCCUAGGACUAUGGAGAGGAACCUCGCCGACGAUCAUCCGGAAUGUACCCGGGAUUGCCGCAUAUUUCUUCGGGCUAGCCCAACUUAGGACGAGCAUGUCAUCCAUAAGCAUCUUUACUCAACAGUCGCAACCACUCCACCUCCUCCAUCAACCCAACAUCCUUCCUACUCUCACUCCCACUGGCGACUUCUUCGCUGGCGUCCUGGCUCGGACUUCUGUCGGGUUCGUCUUGAUGCCUGUCACCGUUGUCAAAACGAGGUUCGAAUCGAAUUUAUACGAAUACCGAAGUAUCCGAGCGGCAUUCCAAGAGAUCAUGAGGACCCAAGGCCUGCAAGGAUUAUGGCGAGGGUUUAUCCCGACAGCACUACGAGAUGCGCCGUUUGCGGGGGUUUUCAUCUCGGCCUAUGAAGCCACCAAGCGGCUCCUCGUGGAGCCCGGCCAACGCUAUCCGAUCCUUUUGCACACCGUCCCGGCCACCGCCGCCGCCGUCGUCGCCACCCUCCUCACUGCCCCCUUCGACCUCCUCAAAACUGACCUCCAACUCCGCCAGUCUUCUAGUCAUAAUCCUUCCAUCCUCCAGGCUCUCAAACUCAUCCUUAACGGCCGACUCUCGAACUCUAGAAUCCUCUUCAAAGGAUCCGGGCUUCGGUUGCUCAGGAAAAGCCUCAGCUCGGCUAUCGGCUGGACCCUCUAUGAAGGAUUGAUUAAGAAAUGGGCCAUCAAGAAUUGA